AUGGUCGUGGCUCGAAGACGACGCAAGGAAAGCCGGCCCCGUCGGCAGCGAACAACAUUCUCUGCCCACCAGACUUUACGACUAGAGCUUGAAUAUGCACGAGGCGAAUAUGUAGCUAGGGCUAGAAGGUGCGAAUUGGCAUCCACAUUAUCGCUAAGCGAAACCCAAGUGAAGAUAUGGUUUCAAAAUCGACGAGCUAAAGAUAAAAGAAUCGAAAAAGCUCAAUUGGAUCAGCAGUAUAGAAAUUUAGCGGCUGCUUCAGGCUUAUUUCCCACCGUGAUGACUCCUCCAUACUGCAUGCCACCAUCCUGCCCAUGCCUGCCGGUGCACCAAACGACAGCAAUAAACGACAAAUAA